AUGGAUCAUCAACACGUGACUUCUCUGCUUCGCUGCUCCUUUGCGGCAUUCAUCUCCCAUCCCAACACUCCCUUCACUGCUCUAUUCAUCUUCCGGUACCUCCGAUUGAUCGUCCACAUGGUGUCGUUCUGGUAUUACAAGGACUCUCCGAUCCCCGCGAUCAGUACCAUCACCGAGCGCGACGUGACCGUCAUCAUCCCGACAGUCGAGCCGACGAACCACGACUUCCUCGAAUGUCUCGCCUCGGUGCUCGUGAACGGGCCGUCGACGGUGCACAUUGUCACCGUCGGCGCCCAACUUCGUCGUCAGACGUGUGAGAUCGUGGCCCCCUUCGUGCCCAAGUACCCCAGCACCGCCAUCAGAGUCUCGUGCACCACGCAAGCUGACAAGCGCAAACAGAUAGCACACGUGCUCCCACGUGUCACGACUCCGCUGACGGUGCUCGUCGACGACCACGUCUUCUGGCCGUCGGGGCGGUUCCUCUCCACGGCGGUCGCUGCGUUCGAGGACCCGGCCGUCGGGGGCGUAGGCACCAACAAACGCGUCCGCCGACACAACCACCCGUUCGGGCUGACGUCGUUCUUCAACGUGCUCGGCGCGCUGUACCUCGAGCGACACAACUUCGAGAUCCGCGCGACCAACGCCAUCGACGGCGGCGUGUUCGUCAUCUCGGGUCGCACGUGCGCGUACCGCACCCAGAUCCUGCAAUCGCCCGAGUUCCUCCGCGGCUACCUGCACGAGACCUUCUUCUUCGGCCGUUUCGGGCCCCUCAACGCCGACGACGACAACUACAUCACGCGCGCCGUUGUGGAGCGCGGGUGGAAGGUCAAGAUCCAGUACAGCGCCGACGCCAUGAUCGAGACCACGGUCGGCACGUACCCCAAGUUCCUCUCGCAGUGUUUGAGAUGGGCUCGCACCACCUGGCGCAGCAACCCGGCCAGCCUGCGCAGUUGGACUGUCUGGCGGACCCAGCCGUGGUGCGUGUAUGCAGUGUACCUGACGAGCUUUGUCAACUUUGCCCUGUUCUAUGACGCCGCGCUGUUCUGGACGCUGUCGCGCAGCGAGCUGCUGCUCGCCAGACACGACGGUAACGCCUCCUACGUGAUGCUGGGCGCUUGGAUCUUCAUGACCAAGAUGGUCAAGUUGGUGAGUUACUUCCGUCGACACCCCCGGGACCUCGUGUACCUGCCGGGCUGUGUCGCCUUUGCGUAUUUCCACAGCAUGAUCAAACUGUACGCUUUGUGUACCUUCUGGGUCACCGCGUGGGGAAGCCGUGAUCUGGCGAGCAUCGGCGGCGAUUCCACGAGUGAUUCUGAAGCAGAUCCACCCGUUGAGCUUGGAGUCGAAGGGUCGUCAACGUUCGACACCGAGUUUUUCUCCAUGUCGUCGGGGCUAGAGGACUACAUCUCGGAUACCGCCUCUGGUGGUGGUACCAUCGCCACUACCACCGUGUCCGGCGACGGCGGCAGUUCACUCCACAACCGAAGACCCAACUCCGGUGGGAAAUCCAUCACAACACCCUGGGGUCGCGUCGGUCCUGGGACUGCUGCGUAUCUCCUCCCUGCAAACGUCCUUCUUGACACGCGCGCCCAGACACGUACGAGCACAAGUCCGCCGCCACCGCGGCGACGAGUAAAUACCACGAACCGCACCGCUGACCACCGUCCAGGUAAGUCGAAGCAGAUUAUUGCGAUCCAACAACAGCAACAGCUCCGCACUCCUCGCCUCGAAGCAGUCGACGGUCCAGACGACUUGGCCGAUGCAAUGUCGCCUUUGACUCUGUCGGCCCCGGAACAAGACUGUGUCCAGGAUCAGGCUCAACUCGCAACACCUGCCGCCACACCGCCGAGAGAAGACCAACCGUGUCCUAUAUCUGACUGCCACGUUAAGCGCGUCCGCAUCGAUCCCUAUGCUCGUGCUUGGGCUCGCGCAGCAAAGUGCCAGCGUCUGCACCAUAGUGGCUUGUACAUUGUGGCUGGGGGUGCUUGUGCCUUACAAGACAAGAGCGUAGAGGCGUUGACGCAUCACCUAGAGACUUUGGGCUUUCGAAGCGCAGGUACAGUCUAA